CUGCGAAUAAUCUACCGGUGUGGCAAUACUGGCAUUGACACAUGGCUGAUCAGCGCUAUACUCCAGUAGCGCGCGUCAGCGUCGUCGUCAGAGACAAACAUGGCCAACACAUGCCACAGAUUCUCUGGCUGCAUGACCUCCGCCAGUGCAGCCGGCGCCACAUCUGUCUCCUGCGUCGUGCACAGGCACCAGAGUGAGCACAUAAUCGGCUGGUUAGUGUAUCCAUACUUGCCCGCCGCCAGCCUGCAACACAGCCAGUGCACCAACCCUGGGCUCACUGCCAGAUGCGCCUUGCCGACACUUUGCGACACGAACUCAUGCAGAAACCCAAUGCCCCAUAAGGACACGCCCUGGUCAUCCUGGCGGACGCACGCGAGGAUGGCGUUAACGACGCCCAACUCCAGCAGCUGCACCAUCUGCAGAUUCGCCACCUCCGUUGCGUUUUCUUCUGCUGCUGGCGGCGGAUACGCUGUGAGAAAAGUGCACAGCCACGUGAGGCUCUCCACCAGCAUGCGAAAAAGCUCAAGCUCAGCCACUGACUGGCGUGCGACACCGAGCAAUGCAGGCAGAGACGCCAGAUCGACCACUCACCGGUGGUACUCAGUGCGCAGCGCAAACUGCUUUGCCAUGGCCACACAUACUGACACAAGCAUGGCGUCUGACCACUGCCUCUGCUUGCUGCUGCCUCGAGCCGAGCCAUUGGCUGACUGCAAAAGUGCCUCGCUGAGCACCUCAAGAAGCCUGCAGCCGGCUGCCCGCCGCAUGUGCCGCUGGCCUGAACCACCCUGCCGACCCGCUGCGGCAUCAUCACCAGCACCUGGAGUAAUACAACUGCCCGCAACCGGCCCUCCUCCUCUGUUCCUGAACUGCCCUGCCCUGAUCCUGUGCGACUAUCAGCUGCAGCAUCUCUCGCCGCAUGGCCAUAUUGAGCACCAGCUCAGAUGCAAUAUCCUGCAGCUUAAAGUUGUCCAAAUGCAGCGCCAAUUGUGCCAAGGAAUUAACCAUUUCGGCUGUCUGAAUGUCCAGCGCUGCCUCAUUGUCCGCACUCCCUUUUGGAAGUAUCAGUCCCAGUGUACUAGGCGUGUUGUCGUCGCUUCUUUUGUUGAUGUGCGUAGCGGAAAUCUAACUCGUACUGCAAUUGGUCCAAAAGAUGUGAAAGUACCCAGUAUGUGCCGAGUGCUGCUCCGACGCUAAUUGCGAGGUAGUACCGGCUAUCGUCUAUGGCAAUGAAAUACAAUAUUGAAAGUGUAUAAAAAGAAAUAAUAAAAUGUAAAAUGUGAAUUGUGAAUUG